AGUUACUGAGCUUCUCAUGUUAGUUGGCUGCCUGGCCGGACAGCAUGCAUCCCGUACAUACAGGUCGUCCUUCAACCUCCAUGUCCUGCUACCCUCAUGACACAGGAAAAAGGAUGCUUUAUACAGGACCGGAUUAUAGGAGAGAUUACAGGCCAAAACUUCCUGACUUCACCAAAUACAUUGGAGAGGGGAUGCCAUCUGCUGAAAGCACCAGUGAUGUGGAUUAUCUGUGUCGCGCUGCACCAAACACUCCUGCCCCCCUGCCUAAAGACUGUUAUGUUGGUGGAGUGGGCUGGGGAGUGUCUGAAUUCAGCUUCCUAAAUAGAAGUCAGCUAUAUAGUAAUCAUCAGAUCAAGAUUGGGGAAUUCCGCAAAGACUGUGAAGAUAAAAUAACUCACAGAUAUCAAAACCCUUGGCAACCUCUGCCACGUUUGCUGGAUUCGGAAGGAUUUGGAUCACGGGCAACACUUGCAUGGACUUAGGACAGCUAUAUCGAUUAUUGCUUUACUAACUCAAAAUGGGCACAAAUGCUUAAGUAAUGCAAGACACUCCCAUUCUAACUUUUAGUGUAGGUAUAAAGAUAAAUGUUUCCACUUAUGACUGCAAAGUCCAUAUUACAUUGAUAAGUACAAAUGAAGUGUUCAAAUGAAGAAAGUCCUUUACUCUUCCAAGAGAAGCAGCGCCUUAAAAGUCUUCAUGCCCCUUAUCAUUUGCUUCCACAGAAAAGAAUGUACAGUGAUCCCUCAACUAACAAUGGCCUACACAUACAAUAGUUUCAACAUACAUUGGUCUUUUCUAGACCAUCGUAGCAUUGUAUGUGGAGUCUGGUUUCAAGUUACAGACAGUCCAGAUCUGCAAAACGUGUCAAUGGCUGGGAGAACCGACCAAUCAAAUGGGCAUUCACUGGUAAAACCCCUGUAUUCCUGAAGCGUAUGCACUGACUGGUGUCUGGUAGCGCCCCCUACAGUACAGGGAGGUAUUACAUGUUCUGUACUCUUUACCUGUAUUACUGAAGUGCAUGCACUGACAGGUGUCUGGUAGCGCCCCCUACAGUACAGGGAGGUAUUACAUGUUCUGUACUCUUUACCUGUAUUACUGAAGUGCAUGCACUGCCUGGUGUCUGGUAACGCCCCCUACAGUACAGGGAGGUAUUACAUGUUGUGUACUACUCUAUCCAUGCAGGGUUAGCUGGUCCUUUGGACACCAGGUAAGGGCGGCUCCAUUUUAAAUUUUUAGGACAUUGCGUGUACUGUACAGGACCCUGAAGAAGCUCCUGUCCUCUACAUAGACCAGCGUUUCCCAACCAGGGU